AUGCUCUUCGGCGGUGGAGCCGAUGGUUGGAAAUGGAUCGUGUUCGCGGAGGCUAGCACCGGCGGCGGCGGCGGCGGUGGGAGAAGCGGUUCGCUCAUCGGCGCCAGCGUCGGUGGCGGAAGCGGCUUCUGGUCUUGGACUGCUCCCCCCAAUGUCGGCUUAGCCGUCGCAGUCACGGCCAUGGCCGGUAUCGCCUUGGCCGCGACAGUCGUCUACUCUCGUAGGGGUAGUCUUAAAUCACCUUGGUCCCGUAGGAGAAAAAAACAUGCCCUUCUACCCAAACAAUGGAAAAGUUUUUUUACACCUGAUGGGAAACUCACUGAUGGUGGUCUCAAGUUUUUGAAGAAAGUUCGCAGUGGAGGUGUUGAUCCAAGAAUCCGAGCUGAAGUGUGGCCAUUUCUUCUUGGAGUCUAUAACGUGAACAGUUCCAUGGAAGAAAGAGAAUCUGUUAAAAAUGAGAAAAGAAAAGAAUACGAGAACUUGCGGAAACAGUGCCGGAGAAUUUUAACACACAGUGAUAAGAGCUUUAAGUUGGACGAAGCUUCUGGAAACAGUAGCACCGAGAGCAGUGGGGAUUUCAGUCAAGUUUUAGAUUCUUCUGGCCAAGGGGAUGUUGCAAGUGCCAGGGAGUCCAUUUCAACUGAGGGAGGAAACCAGUUGGCCAAGGAUCCUGAUAAGCCGGUUGGCCAUCAAGGUGUUCAGUCUUCUAAAUCAUGUGAAGGAGAUGAUGAGAAGAGUGGGGUCACCUGUGAAGAUGCCUGUGCUGGCGGCGAGACAGAAUCAACUGAUUCUGAUUCCUCUGAAGACGCUGAUAUCACUCGACCAUUACUCGCCACUGAAGUAACUGGAGAAAAUUAUGUUGAUGAGAGUGCUAAGGAGAGCUCCUCUCCCUCCAUUAUAGAAAACAAGUCCAAAUCCCACACAGCAGAAGAUUUUGCCACAUGGCAGAGGAUCAUCCGCCUUGAUGCUGUGCGUGCAAAUGAUGAAUGGAUCAUUUAUUCACCAUCACAGGCUGAUGUAUCAGAGAUCAAGGCACAAAGACUAGCUGAGAGUGUCGGGCUGAAGGAUUACGAUCACUUGGAGCCGUGCAGGAUUUUUCACGCUUCUCGCCUGGUUGCAAUCCUGGAAGCAUAUGCGGUGUAUGAUCCCGAGAUUGGUUACUGCCAGGGUAUGAGUGAUCUACUUACUCCAAUCAUCUCAGUGAUGGAAGAGGACCAUGAAGCCUUCUGGUGCUUUGUGGGUUUUAUGAAAAAGGCACGGCAUAAUUUCCGGCUGGAUGAGGCUGGAAUCCGAAGGCAGCUUGGCCUUGUUUCCAAGAUUAUCAAGUGCAAAGAUGUUCCUCUCUACAGACACCUGGAGAAGCUUCAAGCGGAGGAUUGCUUUUUUGUGUACAGAAUGGUGGUGGUUCUCUUCAGGAGGGAGUUGAGCUUUGAGGACACUCUUUGCCUCUGGGAGGUAAUGUGGGCAGACCAGGCUGCAAUCAGAGCAGGGAUCGCCAAGUCUGCUGGGGGGAGGAUGAGACUAAGAGCCCCUCCUACUGAUGAUCUCUUGCUCUACGCAAUAGCGGCCUGUGUGCUACAAAGAAGGAAGCUAAUAAUAGAGAAGUACAGCAGCAUGGAAGAGAUCAUGAGGGAGUGCAAUAGCAUGGCCGGCCGUCUGGAUGUUUGGAAACUUUUGGAUGAUGCCCAUGACUUGGUGGUGAACCUUCAUGACAAGAUUUAG